AUGGGAGUUUUUGUGGGAGGUUUUGUUGCACGGGCUGAGCAGGACACGGUCUAUAACAAUGGUACACACGGCUACAACCCGACCGUUAUUUUCAUCUCUUUGGAUGGUGUUGUGAACCAUGAUCUUCACCUGUCAAUUACGCCUCACAUCAGUCAACUUGCAAAGGAUGGCGUACAGGCACGCUGGAUGACUCCAUCAUUUCCACCAAUCACCUUUCCGAAUCAUUGGUCUCUUGUCACUGGGCUGUAUCCUGAAACACAUGGAAUUGUUGGCAAUUACUUUUAUGAUCCACAACUCAACGAUAGCUUUAAUUACAAAAGCCCAGCCCAGAGUUGGGAUGGUAAAUGGUGGGGAGGUGAACCAAUUUGGAUAACGGCUGAAAAGCAAAACCUAAAGUCUGGUGUAAUCAUGUGGCCGGGUUGCAGCAGUCUUUUACAAGGAUUAAGACCGACAUUCGAGGUUCCUUACAGCGACUAUAUGAGUUUCGAUGCCAAGGUAGACCAGACACUGGAUUGGCUGGACCUUCCACUCUCAGAGAGACCACAAUUUGUUGGUGUGUAUGUACCCAACGUGGACCAAGCCGGGCAUCGCUAUGGUCCGUACGCAAAUGAGGCAAAUGCAAGCAUCGGCCGAUUGUUGGCUGGUUUAGAAAAACGCAACCUAACAGAGAUUGUUCAUGUGAUGGUUGUGAGCGACCAUGGCAUGUCCCAGACAGACAGGUCAAGACUGAUCUAUUAUGAGGAUGGACUUACGGACGAAGAGCUCAGUCUGAUCUGGAGUAUCGAGGCCUACCCUUCAUUGGCCAUCAGACCUCCUCCGUGUGCUGACCAAGCCGAGGCAACCGAGAAACUCUAUAGGGCAUUCAAGCGGUUCCAGGGACACCUGGAAAGAUACAAUGCGGACCACAAUGCACAUUUUAAGGUCUACAAAAAAGAAGAUAUUCCGGAAAGAUAUCAUUUCCGUCAUCACACGCGUAUUCCCCCCCUUCUGGUCCUACCAGACCCUGGCUGGGUUCUGGUGACACAUGAAGAGUACGAUCCCGACCACGACGAUGGUGAGUAUUCACCUCAGGGUGUCCAUGGAUACGACAAUCUGUCUCCACACUCCAGAGCCAUCUUUGUCGGCCGAGGACCUUUGUUGGAAAACGGUCUGGCAAGACCAUUCUGGAACGUGGAGUUGUACCAAGUCCUGACCAGGAUUCUCGAUAUCAAGCCAUCGGCUAACAAUGGAAGUCUUGCUGGAGUACUUGAGCUUGAAUAA